AUUGGAAAACCUUGUUCAGAUCGCUCCUGUGUCCUGUCCAACAUUAAGUUCGGCAUCUUAGCACAACUUUACUUUGUCAACAUCGUCAAACUGUAAAAUAAUUAGAGACAAAAAGAGAUUAUGAUAUUAUUCACACUGAUAAUACCUGGUUGGUUCAAAAAUCCAUGUCAACUUGUUUUUUGCAAUUUUAUCCACCAUCAUGAUCUUGACAUUAAUUAAGGUAAGUUUUUUGAUUGUUAUCUUGUUUGUGUCAUUCAAAUUCAACAUGGUCUUGUGUAUUGAACUUGAGGAAUACUAUCCAGAAGAAAGAGAUGCUUUGAUGCUCAUAAGGGAUUCUUUGAAUUCUUCUGUCAAUUUGCAAGGGAAUUGGACAGGCCCUCCUUGUAUAGACAAUCAUAGUAGAUGGAUUGGUAUCACUUGUUCAAAUUGGCAUGUUGUUCAAAUUGUUCUUGAAGGAGUUGACCUUAGUGGUUAUUUACCUCACACAUUCCUUCUAAACAUAACUUUCUUGAGCCAACUUGACUUCAGAAACAAUGCACUUUCUGGACCACUGCCAAGCCUCAAGAAUUUGAUGUUUUUGGAACAAGUCCUAUUAUCAUUCAAUAACUUCUCAGGGUCAAUUCCUGUGGAGUAUGUUGAAAUUCCUAGUCUACAAGUGUUGGAGCUGCAAGAGAAUUACUUAGAUGGUCAAAUUCCACCCUUUGAUCAACCAUCAUUGGCAAGUUUCAGUGUGUCAUAUAAUCAUCUGUCAGGGCCUAUUCCUGAAACUUAUGUGCUGCAAAGGUUCCCGGAGAGUGCAUAUGGUAAUAACUCAGAUCUUUGUGGAGAGCCAUUGCAUAAGUUAUGUCCUAUUGAACCUCCUGCCCCAUCUCCUUCUGUUUUUCCUCCAAUCCCAGCAUUGAAGCCAAAUAAGAAGAGGUUUGAAGCAUGGAUUGUCGCUUUGAUUGGUGGUGCAGCUGCACUGUUUCUUCUUUCUCUGAUCAUUAUUAUUGCUUUCAUGCUUCGUAAAAGGCGAACAUAUGGAAAAGAAUCAACAAGAAAUGAUUCAGCAGGGUAUGUUUUUGGGGCAUGGGCAAAGAAGAUGGUGUCUUAUGCUGGGAACGGUGAUGCUUCUGAAAGAUUAGGCAGAUUGGAAUUUUCCAACAAGAAAUUGCCAGUUUUUGACUUGGAUGAUUUAUUGAGGGCAUCAGCAGAAGUGCUAGGAAGAGGGAACUUAGGCAUUACAUACAAAGCAACACUUGAAACAGGAACUGUUGUUGCAGUGAAGAGACUUAACCACAUGAAUGAAGUGAGCAAGAAGGAAUUUAUCCAGCAGAUGCAAUUGCUUGGCCAGAUGAAGCAUGAAAAUCUAGUAGAAAUAAUCUCCUUUUAUUUUUCAGAGGAGCAAAAGUUGAUAAUUUAUGAAUUUACCUCUGAUGGCACUUUGUUUGAACUCCUACAUGAGGGUAGAGGAAUUGGAAGAAUGCCACUUGAUUGGACCACAAGACUUUCAAUGAUCAAAGACAUAGCAAAGGGUCUAGUUUUCCUUCAUCACUCUUUGCCUCAACACAGGGUUCCUCAUGCCAACCUCAAAUCAUCCAAUGUCCUAAUCCAUCAAGAUAGUAAAGGUUACCAUUGCAAGCUCACAGACUGUGGUUUCUUGCCUCUUCUCCAAGCCAAACAGAAUGCAGAAAAACUAGCCAUAAGGAGGUCACCGGAAUUUGUUAAAGGGAAGAAACUGACACACAAAGCUGAUGUCUAUUGCUUUGGCAUCAUUAUGCUAGAGAUUAUAACUGGCAGAAUACCUGGUCAUAUCUUAGGUGAAAUUGAGGAAACAACCAAUGAUCUUUCUGAUUGGGUAAGAACUGUAGUGAACAAUGAUUGGUCCACAGAUAUAUUGGAUUUAGAAAUACUAGCAGAGAAAGAAGGGCAUGAUGCAAUGCUGAAGCUGACAGAGUUAGCUCUAGAGUGUACAGAUAUGACUCCAGAGAAACGGCCUAAAAUGAAUGUAGUAUUGGUGAGAAUAGAAGAGAUAGAGCAAAUGAGAAAAGAGAAUGACUAAAACAAAUUUAUGUCACUGCAGCAGGAUCUAUUAUUGUCUUGCAUGAAGUGCACCCCUAGAAUUUCAUUGUAUUAAUCUGAACACUAAAUUCAUAUGACACAUCAUCCAAGUCAGAAAUGUCUUAACAAUUGCAUAUAACAAAUGUGUACGGAAAACAUUCUUUUCAGAAGGGAUAAAAAUCUCUUUGAUAUUGAGAAAUGAUUAUUUCCAUUGCUUUUUUCUUCUUCUA